CAAGCUCACGCUGGUGCCUCAAGCAGCAGCACGCCACCACCGGAGACAUCCAAUGUGGUCAAUGAAACUGGGCCAGCAACGUUGCAGACUGAAAGUACCAGACCCUCUUCCCCACUAGACGCCGCACAUGUCCCACACAGCAGCUACUUUGCGGUUCUCGCAAGGUGCCUCCCAUGUUUAUCACGAUCCGCUCCAAGUUUCCGCUAGGCUUCUUUUCCCUUCUGAGCAUUUUUAUUGGAGUAGAUGUUACUGGAUAUAUCGGAAGAUACUUAUGCAAUUCAAUUAUGUUGCCGGUAGAGGACUAUCAUCAGCAAACAACGAUACGUAACUUCAUCCCAUACUUGCAUGGCCAACCUCUGAGUGUAUUGACAAGUCAUCCUGCACUUGCAGAUGAAUGGGUCUAUUACCGAGUUUUCCUUGCUGUUUGGUGUACUAGUCAUAGUAGUCACUUGCAAAUAAUCGUCGAUGGGGGCAUGCAGAGUCCCUAGCUUCUCCUCUGCUGGACUACUGGUCCGCAUCACUACCAAA